AUGCUGGCGGUGUUAUUUCUGCUCACCUUCGCGGUCGCGAAUUGUUUCAGUCCUAGAAUCGUGGGAGGAUCGAAUACGACGAUCGACAAGUAUCCGUACCAGGUGUCUAUCCACGUUAGGGACAAGCUCGUAUGCGGGGGUUCCUUAAUCAGCCCGGACUGGGUGCUAACGGCGGCGCAUUGUAUCUACCGGGAAACGGCCUCGUCUUUGCAAAUUCGUGUCAAGAGCACUUUCAAUAGCCAGGGCGGUACGGUGAUCAACGGAAUACGAAAUGCCAUUGCUCAUCCGAUGUACAACACCGGUACAUUGGAAUACGAUGUUGCUUUGAUAAAGCUUCCAACCUCAAUAAAAUUCGACGUGAACGCGAAACCGAUCGCCUUGGCGUCCCGUGGGAUGGUCGUGCAGACUUCGCAUCCGGAAAUAGAACUCCGCGUCGGAAGUGACGCGGUGGUGACAGGAUGGGGCAAGACAUCUGUCGGCGGCUCGAUGUCGAACACGCUGCAAGUACUGCCAGCACCCGUCGUUGAUCAAGACAGUUGCAAGAAGAUCUACGCCGCCAAGUACCAACCGAUCACGAAGAUGAUGCUGUGCGCUGGGAAUAUGGCUGGCGGCAAAGACGUUUGCCAGGGAGACUCGGGUGGCCCGCUGGUGCUGAACGGCGUUCAAAUCGGUAUCGUGUCCUUUGGCUUCAAAUGCGCGGAACCCGGAUUUCCUGGAGUGUACACGCGAGUGUCCGAGAUGCGAGACUGGAUAGACAAGAUGCAGCGAACUGUAAAAUAA